GCUCUCCUCCUUCAAUACUAUUAAUACAUUAUCCUCUUCAAACAUGGCACUCACACUCAAAUGGAGGCUUGUUUUAGCUGCAUUAUUGAUGUGGGCUUCUCUCGCCGCAGCUCGAACUGCACCCGAUGCAUCAAUGGCGGAGAUGCAUGAGAAAUGGAUGGUGGAGCACAGCCGUGUCUACAAAGAUGAUGCCGACAAGGCCUACAGAUUCAGUAUAUUCAAGGACAACGUCAACUAUAUCGACUCGUUUAAUGAAGCAGCUGCAAAGCCUUACAAGCUUGCUGUCAACAAAUUUGCUGAUUUGACCAAUGAAGAGUUUCGAGCGUCCAGAAAUGGAUACAAGAUGGCAUCCUUUCCCAAGUCGUCUAAGGUUUUGUCGUUUAGGUAUGCGAAUGUGAGUGCAGCUCCGGCAAGCAUGGACUGGAGGAAGAAGGGUGCUGUUACCGCUGUCAAGGAUCAAGGCCAAUGUGGAUGCUGCUGGGCAUUUUCAGCAGUUGCGGCCACAGAAGGAAUCAAUCAGCUCAAGACAGGGAAGCUGAUCUCACUGUCUGAACAAGAGCUAGUGGACUGUGACACAAGUGAAGAUCAGGGCUGCAAUGGCGGACUGAUGGACUACGCCUUUGAGUUCAUUAUUGGCAACAAAGGCCUCACAACAGAAUCCAACUACCCCUACCAAGGAGUGGAUGGCACCUGCAACUCCAAGAAGGAAUCAUCUGAUGCAGCCAAGAUCACAGGCUACGAGGAUGUCCCAGCCAACAGCGAGUCUGCACUGCUCAAAGCAGUGGUGAAUCAACCAGUAUCUGUGGCCAUUGAUGCUGGUGGUUCCGACUUCCAGUUCUACUCGAGUGGAGUAUUCACUGGAGAGUGUGGGACAGAACUAGACCAUGGUGUGACUGCAGUUGGGUAUGGCGCGGCCAGUGAUGGGACCAAGUAUUGGCUGGUGAAGAACUCGUGGGGAGCGAGUUGGGGGGAGAAUGGAUACAUUAGAAUGCAGAGGGAUAUUGGUGCAGCAGAAGGUCUUUGUGGCAUCGCCAUGCAGGCUUCUUAUCCAACUGCUUGAAAUUAUUCAAACUUACACACCAAUAUUGUCACCUAAUAUAUAUUUAGGCAGUGUGUGCAAAGUCUUAUGGCAUGUGUGUGUAUAUGUAUUUAUAUGUAAAUUACUUGCCCUGUUUGAAAAUUAGUAUAUGUAAGGAAAGGUUUGGUUUCCAUGUAAUUAUGUAAUGGAAUUAUGCAGCUCACAAGUUCAAAUUAUUGGAACUCAUGUGGCAUGUGAUGUGCCCCUUUGUUU